AUGGACAAACGCGAAUGCGCUCUGUGCCAUCGACGCCGCGACGUCUUCGCCUGCGCCCGCUGUGCGUCUGCUAUGCUGCAACAGCGUCGUACGAUGCUCUCUGCGCUGCAGGCGGACGUGGCGGUGCUGCGCAAGAAGACGGAGUUCGCGCUCAGCACCAAACGCGCGCUCGCGAACGCAGAGCUUCGACUGGACACGUGCAGGAGCAGAAUCGAACAGGUGUCGACGCGGGUCAUGGCGACCCGCGAAGAGCUCUGUUCCGAGAGAAUAGCGGUCGUGGAACGGACCGCGAGGCUGGAGACGCGGGCGUUACGGGUCGAAGAGGCCCGGCAGCAGCUAAGGGAGGAGCGACAACGAGCGACAAGUCUGUAUUCUCCAGUGCUCGAGUGUCUGGACUAUCAGGUGCAGUGGGCCGACGAAAAUGCGGCAAAAGUGAGGGGCGAUCGACUGCGGGAGCUGUUUGCGUUGUUUGCGCUGACUCCGGAAGACGAGAAGAGCGGGGACGAAGAACAUGACGAGGUACUGAGGAAGCUGCCUGAUGAGCACACGGGUGUGCUGGGAGACAGACAGAGACAAUGCGACACAAGGGCGAAUGUCCCAGCGUUCUUUCGGACGAUUGUGGGUCUGCCACUACCGAAAUCAGGCAAGUACGCUAGCGUGCCGCCUGAAGUGGUGGCUGCGGCACUUGGAAAAGUGAUUCAUCUCCUGCGUUGCCUGGUCAAGUACCUGAAGAUCACAUAUCCGCACCCGAUGGAGUUUACUGGAUCCUUCUCGACGAUUGGAAACACAAGGGAGGGGUCUGGAUGCCACACGCUGUAUCCUGACGGCAGCGCCGGGUUUGAGCGUGGAGUGAGCAUGCUUCACGAGAAUGUAGCAUUCUUGUGUCUCUGUCAAGGUGUGUCCAAGAGCGCACUUCACCCGACCGAUUUGCUUGGAAACCUCUUGCAAGUUUACAAGUCGCCACGGCUUGGAACGUUGUGCGACCAGGUUGCGUCCGGCGUGGGCAAGAGGCACGUGAUAUUGCACGUGGACUCGAUGAAGCUGAGCUAA